AUGUCACUUCAGAAUGCGGGUAGUGAUGCGUCUGAUGGAGCGUGUACAUCAGGAAAGCAUUCUGAGCCGUUCAAGUUCGGAAGGCCCAACCUCAACAGGAAUGAUGAAGAUCGCAACGCGGGCUUGAUUGAUUCGUUUGAGGCCCGAAAUGGCGAUGGCGAACCAAGGGCCCAGGGGUGCGAUGCGACCCUGAGGCUCAAAAGCCGUGAUGGCGGUUCGAAGCGAGGAGACGAUGGAACCUUGCGUCAAUCUUUCAGCUCACCAUCUCGUCCUCGCUUGCAGACCUUGGACGCAACUCAGCGAGGUAGCGAUCGGCCUAAAGAACCACCAAAAGCGCCACGCCGUCCUGAGACGCCACCCCCGCUCAAAUCCUCAGCCAAAGCCCCGGCAAGUGCCAGCAUCGAAACUGCGGUGUCCAUCGCUCAGAAUCAGCUCAGAGCAUUUGGUAACACUGCUGGAGUACCCCGUCGGCGAUGCAAAGGGUCCAGGUGUCCCCCUGCACGUACCGGGCGCCCAAGACUAGCUAGUUCUCAAGCUCACCAGGCUGAGAUCCAGAGCCGUGCAACAGGAUGUCACUCGGACGAACCAGCUCGAGACCCGGCCCACAAGAGCGACCUUGACAGUACCUACAAUGCAGGUCCUUUGGACAGCGUUACCAGCCAUGGCAUCAGACACAGAGUCGGCGAAGGUUCUGGAAAAGGAAAAGCGAAGACUUCAAAAUCUUCGACCUACACAAUAGGUGCAAACGGGUCCGGAUCCGCUUCAUUUCGAGGUGGCCAUAGCGAUGCAGAGCAAAACCCGACUGAUGACGAGGACGAGGAAGAUGCGGAGGGUUCGGACUCACCUUCUGAUAUCCAUCAAGGAGGAUCGCUUGAUAGGAAGCGGACAGAAGGGUUUCGCUGCCCCAAGUUUGCUGCCAACCCCCGGGCUUGCAAUGAUCAAAAGUGCCGACAUUGGUGUGGGUCAAAGAUAGCAGCGGUGACUCGUCACAUGUAUCGAGAUACGAAAGGUGAUGAAGUAAAGACCCAGCAGGUCAAACAAUUGUCGGGCACCAAGCUCAAGCCUGAAGAAAGAUGGAGGCGCUAUUACCGGGUUUUUGGGGGCACCGACCCUGCAGUGUGUCCAUACAAAGCCGAAACGCAUCAUCGAACUCCUGUGUCGCCCCUUCUCGAGCAAUUGAUGCAUUGCAUCAGCCUAAGUGCAAUGUCGCCUCCCAUUAUCCAACAAAUCUUGAGCCAAGUUCGGUCAUACUCGGACCUUGUCACACAGAAGGACGUCAGAGACUCUGAAGCCAGGAGACGCCAUCUUCACAGACAAGCUGAUUCCGAGCGCGAACUUCAGGAAGAUUUGAACACUUCCCAGGAAGAGCUGGACGGAGCCCUUGAUACGCUUGUGACGUCGUCUUCCACGAAUCCGACGCGCAUUGAUACGGGUCAGUAUUCCCCAGAAGGGACCAUCAUGUCUGAAGGGUCUCGCGAGAAUCAAGAGACCAUACUCCUCCACAUGACAGGCAACGCCGGUCCGCGCACACCUGCCGCACGCCGAUCGAGCUUAGCCAUGGAGACUAGCCCUAACUCGGGAUUCACGGACCCAGCCUUGGGGCAAGAUCCGAGCCGUCUGAUGGUGCCGCUGGAUCGUACAGCGCCAUUGUUUACAAGGCUGGGUAUACCCAGCGCGAUGGAUCGAGAUGGACUUCAACGAACCGAGCCCUUGAACCAAAUCAUGGUUACUGCCGACAUGCUAAUGGAUCAAGAUACACCUCCUUUGAUGCGGGCGCAGUUGCACGAGCAACAACAACAACGUGAACAACAACAGCACUUAUGGAGUUCCGGCUCAUAUCAACAGCAUCAUCAGCAUGGAUUAUUGUCAAUGUUCUAUGCACCUAGAGAGACCUUGGUGCUUGGCUUGUUCGAAAGCCUUUGGUCAGUGCAUGUGUCGGCAUGA